AUGAAACUAAAUUCACUUCCUGUGGGCGAAUUUUGGUUAUAUUUAGUCAUCCCUGUCACGUUAGCUUCGGCUCAAACCACGCACCAUUCGGAAGGUUCGGAAAGACUGUGGGUUCAUGGAAGAGUAGAUAAUAACAAACUUAUUACCCGGCGAAGCCCUUCCUCAGAGCAUAAUAAGGUUUCUCGAGCAGGUAACAUUCAUCCUAAAGGUGUGUAUUCCCGUUUGCCAAAUUUGGAGUUUGAUAUCAGCAAUCAGAAGAUCAUCGCGAGUUACGUCAUAAUGGCAGGACAGGAAACCACAAACACAAAAGAUGCAGCUGCCGUACAAGGACGGUUUAAAAGUUCCCUAGAACUUCUAGAACACACUUUAAAUUGUUGGAACCCCGAGUGUCCACUUCCACAUUGUGUGAACAUGAAGUUGACGAUGAAACACACACAGGGCUGCAAAAAGACCCAGUGCCAGGUGUGCCAACGCAUGAAAAACCUCGCUAUAAAACACGCUGAAUCGUGCGAUGAUGUUUACUGCUGCAUACCCUUUUGCAUGGAAGAAAAACUUAAAGAGUUCGUGGCGUCUCAGAUGGCGGACAGCAACACCUUGGACAAGAGCCAGCAUUGGAAAAGAAGAGUUGUUACCGAUGACGAAAGGAAUGACCUUGUCACACCAAACUCCUCUCCCUCCAAGAAUGUAAGGAAAAUGAGCGCACCUCAUCACAUCGACAGCUGUUCUUCGGUGAAUAGUAGCGACUUAAAAGGUGGAAAGACAGCUGUCAAUCGCACAGCAUCAGCAAAUGAAUUCUCGUCUCCAUUGAGGCUCAGGACUUACACCUAUCCAACUGAUCAACAGAAGAGGGGACAUCCUCUUGUUUCACCAACCAGCUCUGCGCCGUUUGUGAAAUCUUCACGUCUGGAGCAAAGUAGGAACCACCUUGGUGCAAACGAAACGGUUACUUUGACAACCACCCAGCUCGAUGCUUCCACAGGACCUCUUUCUGCUUCCGAAGAGGGUCCGAUAACGACGAAGAUUCAGAAAACGUUCACUCCUUUACUUGCGGAAAAAGUAGAUGUGCAAGAAUAUACAGGGACGCAACAGCAAGGUAUGUCCUCUCUUCUUCCAGACAGGAGUUUUCAGAGCUGUCAAGCCACGCAAGCUGCCAAUGCAGAAAUUCGUGGGGGAACAGAUCAGCUCAAUACCUACCCCUUCUCUACUCAUGUGGACGUUUCCAACUGUAGUGCACCGAUGGCACAGAGCGUCGGCGACAACCCUUAUGGCGCGAUGAGAGGAAAUCAAGGGAGCAACGGUAAUGCUGUUUUGAAAGCACGCCUUAUGGACGCAUUGAAUAAGCUUUUAGGUCUGGGCCUGCAACGAUUGGAAACGAAAGAGGAGCUUGUGAUAUGCAUUAAGUCGUUGAGGAAAGCUGUCGAGGAGAUCAAAGCUCUGGAGUAGCCCUUGACAUUUUAUACCAUUCUGAACGCCAUUACUUGUUUACAACUGUUAUCUUAAAGCCGAAUUUUUUCCAAUUUGCACAACAGAAAUCAACCAAUCUGGUGGCUCAGAGAAAAUGAUGUGCUCAGACUAGGAAAAUUAGCCAUGAUUAAUCAGUUGUAGGUUUUUUUAAACUCCCAUAUGAUCCUCAGUUGCUUCGCGAGUUACAACAAUCUUCUCCCACUAACUCCAGUCAUGUGCAACUGGCUUAGGAAAUGGCGGGAUUUUCAGUGCCUUGUAAGUCGUGUAAGGCACGGUGGCUCAGAGUUUGGCGCGCUGAACCUCUGACAUAGUAGGCGUUACGUCCUUUGAUCCAGUUUCUUGAUCAUGUGCUCCGCGCGCUCGGCUGAGAGUAGCACUGGGGAGGACUGCCAUCGGUUGUAAUGGCUGACGUUUUCACAAAGUUAGCAGAAGUCAUUAUCAGAGUCAAGAUUUCUCCUUGUGGCCACCUACAAAAUGUUUAACUCCGUGACGAUGACUUCUGGUAAGAUUUACCAAACGUCAGUAACUACUACAGUCUUUCCCGGGACUCCCCUCACCUGGACGGUCAUACUGCAUGAUCAAAUGUUAGUUCUAGCUAACUUCAAACCGCCUAUUGUUUAAAAUAGUUUUCUGAUGCCUUUUAACUUCAAACAAAUUGAGUGACCAAAAAAAGUAUUUUAUUACAGAAAUAUGCAUUUUUUUACAACAUAGUGCCAUUCACAGUGAUGAGGAUUGGCGAAAAAAACUUAGUUCAUGAAAAAACUCUAGAUCGAUAUAAAGUUAAAAAAAUAUUUCAUUCAUUUAAAUAAUCGGCGAUAUAUGUGUUUGAU